AUCUUUCCAAAAUUUUCCCGCAUAGGCUAGGUUACCCUAAAAAUUCGUUCUUGGCUACCAUGUCUAGUGUAAUCCUCGCUGGGAGUAUUCUAUGGAGAACCCAGCAAGGUCCUCUCUCCAGAUUUGGGAGAGCUGCUCGAUGUUCUUGGUGCCAAUUAUCGCGGCACAAGAAAAGAACUUUCAGUGUUGCUAGAGCGCAGAGGAGCGAAGAAUCCGCCGCGAAAGAGGCCGCAAAGACAAAUGUAGGAGGCCCAACCAUAUUUGAUAAAAUCCUCAGCAAGGAGAUUCCAUCCACCAUUGUCUACGAGGACGACAAGGCACUGGCAUUUAGAGACAUCAAUCCUCAAGCCCCAGUUCAUGUGGUACUGAUUCCAAAGAUCCGGGACGGUCUCACGCAGCUCUCCAAGGCUGAAGAGAAACACAAGGACGUUCUUGGACACUUGCUUUAUGUGGCUAAACUCAUUGGUGAAAAAGAAGGGCUGGGAGAUGGUUACAGAGUCGUCAUCAACGAUGGCCCCCUCGGAUGUCAGUCUGUUUACCACCUUCAUCUGCACAUCUUGGGAGGAAGACAACUUAAGUGGCCACCAGGUUGAUAUUUGUAUGAAGUUCAUGCGGCAUGAAUUACACCUCCCCUUUGUAGUCAGUCCGGCCUCUUUAGUUAAGGACCAGACUACUCCCACUUUCACAGCUUUUUAGCUUUUCGACGAGGACAAACUCCAUGCUUGUGACACAGAGAUCCUCGCCCUCAAUUAGUAGUGCAAGGCCUUAGUCGAGCAACUUCUUACUACCAAGAAUAAGCUCAAGGUCGCCAUCCACUCCAAAGUUCUUAGUUCAAUCCUCUUUUCUCCUAGACAACUUGUUCUUCUCAAGGAA